AUGCGAAAGCUAUUUCGACCAGAUAAAAAGCACGAUCCCGUAGGUCCGUCCCUGUCCGGACCAAUCGAAGCAGCAUUCCCCUCAGGCAUCAAACAAUUGUAUGAGAGCCCAGACGCAAGUGAUGUUGAGUAUGCCUAUCAAUAUGAUGUACCACGUUGGCUUUUGAGCAUUGUCUUUAUUCAUGGUCUCGACGGGAACAGAGAAAAGACGUGGACGGCCAAGGGCGCGGACGAGCCAUGGCCCAAAACACUUCUGCCUUUGGAGCUACCUUCGGCGCGGAUUCUUACCUUUGGGUACGAUGCGUAUGCGGCAAAAUGGGAGAAGGGAGGCUCUCAGAAUCGAAUACGGGAUCACGCGUGGAACCUCCUGACAGCUCUGGCGUCAUGCCGGGAGAGUGACGAUACGAAGAAACGUCCCAUCAUAUUUGUUUGUCAUAGCUUAGGGGGGUUGGUCUGCAAGGAUGCUCUUAUCGUAUCCCAAAUGCAAUCAGACUCCCAUAUACAUGAUAUCUAUGAGAGCACGCAUGCUAUUGCUUUCAUGGGUACUCCCCAUCAUGGAUCAGAACUUGCCAUCUGGGCCGAGAGACUACUAAAGUCUGUCAACGUUGUCCAAAAGAGAAACACGGACAUUGUCGGGGUUCUAAAUGGAAAAUCCGAGGUUCUUCAGCGUAUCCAAGAAGGAUUCCUUGCAACUAUUUGGGGAAAAGAAGAAGGUGUCUCGAGACAAGUACAGAUCACUUGCUUCCACGAGGAGCUUACUACAAACAUCAAGGGUUUCAACAAGAUCGUAGUAUCGAAAGAAUCGGCCUUUCUUCCCGGCUCAAUAAGGAUCGGGAUCCAUCGAGACCACACUCAAAUGACGAAAUUUUCAGACCAGGAGGAUCCGGGCUUCAAAGCAGUCUGUGGCGAGCUUCGUCGUUGGGCGACGAGCGCAAAGCCAUUAGCCACGAAUGAGCGACAGGGAGAAUGCAAGAUAGCCCUACGUCAGAAGGAGGGAAUGAAUAACUUCCCUCAGGUGAAAUUCGUUGUGCCGUAUCUGAAAAAUGACAAGUUUGUUGGGCGCACAGAAAUCCUCGAUCAACUGAAAAAAAGACUCAGCUUCAGUGAAGAGAACCAUGCUUCUCAACGCCGAGUAUCGUUAUUUGGGCUCGGUGGCGUUGGUAAGACGCAAAUUGCCCUGGCCUUUAUUCACUGGAUCAAGGAAACAAACCCAGAAGUAUCGGUCAUCUGGGUACAUGCAAGCAACCCAGAGCGCUUCCAGCAGAGCUUUUCUAGGAUCGCUGAAGAAUUUCAGAUACCGGGGUACGAAGACCCAAAGAGCAACGUCCUGGUCCUGGUCCGACAAUGGCUGGAGAAGAAAGAUUGUGGCAAGUGGCUCAUGGUUGUUGACAAUGCUGAUGAUACUGAGCUAUUUUUCGGAAAGCCAAGUCCUACAAAAUCAAGCCCACUGGAUACGUCGACCAUUUUUGCCCAAUAUCUCCCAGAAUGCACGCACGGGGCUCUUUUAAUAACAACUAGAAACAAGCAAAUUGGAGUAAAGCUAGCCUCUGGCGAUGGGUCUAGCAUGCUCCAAGUCCAGAGAAUGGAUGCAUCGGAAUCCGAAAGAUUACUAAAAAGUAGAUUGGCUAAUCUUGCGGCGAACGAAGAGGAAGUAAGAACACUUUCCUCUCGACUGGAGCAGCUCCCGUUAGCAUUGGCCCAAGCCGCAUCGUUCAUAUUGGAGUACAGUAUGAGUGUUAAAGAAUACUUGGAACUUCUCUCAGAGAGUGAUGAGAGCCUCAUAGACCUUCUCAGUCAAGAAUUCGAAACUACUGCACGAGACAGGGAGAGGUCUCGAGCGGUAGCCAAAACGUGGAUGAUAUCAUUCCAGCAGAUCAAGGAGCAAAACCCGCUAGCAUCCGAGCUAUUGUCCAUGAUGAGCUUUUUGGACCGGCAAGACAUUACUCUCGAAAUCCUGCAAGAAUACAAUCGCCAGCACCAGGAUGAUGACUCAAGGAGCAAUAUUGAGUUGAAGAAGUCAAUAGGAAUACUUAAGAACUUCAGCCUGGUAACCGAACAGAAAAAUGGCAGCUUGGAUAUUCAUCGACUGGUUCAAUUAGUCACACGAAGCUGGCUAGAUGAGACUGAAGCCAACGACUGGUUCAAAAGAAAAGCUCUUGUUUGCAUCUCAAACGUAUACCCCUAUGGGGAGUUCAACAACCGAGAGGUGUGCAGGGCAUAUCUUGCCCAUGCUCUAGCUGUCUUAGAGCUUCAGGUAGCCAACGAAGAUGAUGAGGCAACAUGGAGAGCAAGAUUGUUGCAUUGUGUUGGCGGGUAUUUUUUACAAAAGGGCCAGUACAGGCAAGCUGAGAAAACGUUCCGAGAGGCCUUUGAGAUCCACAUGUGCAGUCUUGGAGAGAACCACAAUGACACUCUUCGAAGUAUGGCAAAUCUGGCAGUAACUUUCCAUGAGCAAGGGCGAUACAAGGAGGCUGAAAAGCUCAAUAUCCAAGCCCUAGAGGCUAGAAAGAGAUCCCUUGGAGAGACGCAUGAGGAUACUCUUUACAGUAUGUCAAAUCUGGCUACAACGUUCUGUCUUCUUGGGCGAUAUGAGGAGGCUGAAAAGCUCCAUAUCCAAGCCCUAGAGGCUAAAAAGAUGUCCCUAGGAGAGACUCAUCCAGAUACUAUAACUAGCAUAGCAAGCCUUGCAGCUAAUUUGCACUAUCAAGGGCGAUAUGAGGAGGCUGAAAAGCUAGACCUCCAAGCCCUAGAGGCUAGAAAGAAAUCCCUUGGAGAGGCUCAUCCGAGGACGUUAGACAGCAUAGAAAACCUAGGCUAUACGCUGCAUGCCUUGGGACAUCUGGAUGCUGCCAUGAGCCUGAUGACAACGUGUCUUGACAGUCGAAAGCGAGUGCUGGGUAAAGACCAUCCCGACACCUUAUAUUGCGUGAAAACACUCGAAUUUUGGGGUAAUGGCACGCAAAGUCAGUAG